CUAAAAGAAAAUGUCAAAUAUAGAAAACUCAAACAUAGUAGACAACUUAGAAAACUUUAAUGAACCAAAUAGUGAUGCAGAGUUUGAUUUCGAUAAUCUAGAAAUACCUCAAUUGGUUCGAAGAAAUGGGACCAUUUAAUAAGAAAACAUUUAAGGAUACUUAAUUCUAGAUAAAAUAUCAGAUAAAAUCUUCUAAGAAUAAUUUUGCCCAAUUUGUUUAUGUGAAGAUGAAUAACUCUAUCCAUUAUUUUGUGGUCAUUCAUUUUGUGAAAAUGAUAUCAAUAGUUUACUUUCAGAAUCUUAAAUAAGGCAGAAUAUUGUUUCUUGCCCAAUUUGUAGGCAAUAUUAAUAAAUAGAUUCAUUUAAAUAAUUACAAGAGUUAAAAUUUACUUCGAUGAGUACUGUUUAAAAAGAAAAUAAUUUAACUUAUUGA